CGCACCAUUAUUAGCUGAGAGAAUCACAGAGACGGAGGGAGAGAGACAGAGAGAGAAGAAGAAGACGAUGAUACCGCAUCAAUGGGGUCCUCCCUGCAAUUACGAAUGCACGCACAAAUACUCCGCCCUUAUGCAGAUUCCAUGGCGAGUAUUUUGCAAGAAAGGGUGUGACACUGAUGGAGAGACUUGGGAAGAAUGCUUGGAGGAGUGCAAUGAGAUCUGUUACAAAGAUCCAGUCUUAAAGGAUCAACAAUGGAGUGCUUGCAUUGAUCGUUCUCCUGGAGUUGAAAGGUACUCAGAGGAGUGCUUUCAUGCUUGCUUAUCCGGCUGUGGUUACAAGUUUAACAAACCUCCAGAAAUAGCUGAUAAAGUCCGCCCAAACAGGCCACCGAAGCCUCCCCCUGUACCAAAGCCACCGCUUGUUGAAUCCAAAGCAACGGCCGAAGACGUACUAGGAACUUCUGCCUAGUGAGAGCUCCAGAGAUCUAAUUAUACAAUAAAUCAAUAAUAUAAUUACCAACACCUUAGUUAGCUGAAUAGUUUGCAAGUAUUUUUUCACAGCAACUAACAUCUUGGUUUCCAUAACUGAAAGUUUUCACCUUCAGAAUGUAGACUGAUCCCCUUUUAUGUCAUCAAAUAUUAUCUGAUCGA